AUGCAAACAACAUCUCUUACUUCAUGCAAUAUAAUACGCCGCACUGCACCAUUCAUUUCACAUAAUAACAAGAGUUUCAUCUCUGCUUCAAAAAGAGACCCCUUUGGCCAACACUAUGAUGGCAAGAUGGUGGAUGAAAACAUGAUCAUCCUUAGAAUGCGAAUCCGUGAUGUCGAGAUGCUUGAAAAGAACUCUAAACCUCCUUCUCAUUGGACUGAAUGGGAGAAGAAGUAUUUUGAGAAUUAUGGUUCAGAUGUAUGUGAUGCAGUUGGAUUGCUGCAAAGAAUGUUGAUGAACACUAGACCUGGCUUGGUUGUGGGAAUAUUAGCUAUGAUCACGCUAAGCUUGCCAAUGUCCAUAUCUCUACUCGUGUUUCAACUGAUGGAGUUCGCUAAUGCCUCAAUGCUAACUUUUUCAUCUAUCUAA